AUGGAUUCUGGACUUACUUAUUUAUAUAUAAAACAAAGAAAAGAUUUUGGCAAACAACCAAGAUUUUGUGAGGUUCCAGUGGCAAUGUUAGAUUCAAUUAAUCCUGAAGAAAAGGAACAAAAUUUGUUUUGCCUACGUAAUCCAGUACACCAAGGUAUGCAGACAUCUGGUACAUUAUCUGAACAUUAUGUAAAUACUAAAAGAAUUAUUCUACAUGACCAGGGAAUUAACCAUGCUGAAGGUGGUUGGCCAAAAGAUAUUAAUUCCACUGACGAAGAAGCAACGACUCGCCAUCGAAGACGUUUUGAACGUGACGAGUCUUACGUUCAAGCAAUUUUAAAUUCAUAUAAAAAAAUUAAUCAUUUAAUCAAACAAAAUAAUGCUAUAGAAAUGUAUAACAUGUAUUUCAAAGAAAUGAAAUCCGAAAAGCCAGUUGAAAAAUGUCUAAUGCGCAAAACUAAUGUAUUUAGCGACAUUGAGAAACGUCCCGUUGCUUCUAUUAGCUGGACACAUGAAGACAAUUCGAAAUUGGUUGUUGCGUAUUGUAAUAAAAACUACUCUGUGACUGGAAAAGUCGAUAAAUCAUUAUCAUGCUCAAUUUGGGAUAUAGAAAAUCCAAACGAUAUUUUUGCUGAUAUUUUACCUCCUUCAGCUUGUUGGCAAAUAGUUUGUUCUUCUGCGAAUCCUAAUAUUAUAAUUGGUGGAUUGGCAGAUGGUAGAGUUUGCAUAUUUGAUAUACGUACUCGAAAAGAACCAAUUGCAUUAAGUCCAACUCAUUUGGCACAUCGAGACCCUGUAAGCGCCCUAUUAUUUAUUUCAUCUCGGAUUAAUGCUGAAAUUUGCAGCGGAUCUAGUGAUGGCAAAUGCAUGUGGUGGGAUAUACGAAGCUUAUCUGAACCAAUUGAUUCCCUUAUUAUGUCUAUUCGAAUCCCUCCGGGAGAACAUGUCAGUAUGGCUAAUGCUGAAGCAGUAAGCGCAUUACAAUUUGAUAAAGCAUUUCCUACACGAUUAUUAUGCGGUACUGAUACUGGAUUUAUAAUAAAUAUCAAUCGUAAAGGCAAAACUCAUCAAGAAAUAAUGAGUGGUAUUUUUCAAGCCCACAGGGGUCCAGUUAAAACAGUUCAACGUAACCCGUCUUUAUCUAAAAUGUUUAUUACAUGUGGUGAUUGGACCGUAAACAUAUGGAGCGAUGACAUACAUUCUAAUCCUGUUAUGUAUGGUACGUCUCAUAGAAAACAGGUUUCAGAUGUUGCAUGGUGUCCUCUAAGAAUUUCAAGUUAUAUGUCGGUUUGUGAUGACGGAAAAUUUCGAUAUUGGGACUUAUUACGCAAAUAUCAUGAGCCUGUGGCUACAUUACCUGUUUCUAAAAAUCGGCUCUUAAAAGUUAAGCCAAGUGAAGAUAAACCGCUUGUUGCAAUAGGAGAUAUAGAAGGAUCUAUACAUCUAAUAUCGUUAUCUGAAAAUAUGGUAUUUGCUGCAGAUCGAGAUAAAACACUCAUGUCGCAAUCGUUUGAUCGUGAAUCUCGAAGGGAACAUAUUCUUGAAAGUCGAUUCAAAGAAAUACAAUUUAAGCUCAAAGCAGAUAUAGGAGUACAGCGCGGCUCUACUACUGAAAUAAUUGAUGAAGAGGCUUCAGUAAGAAUAGCCGAGGAAAAUUAUAGGCGCAUGGUUGUAGAAGAAAUUCGUAAUACUGGAGCAACACAAUAUCCACGUGGAAGAACAGGCAAGAUGCGUAAACGA